AUCUUUCACUUGGUUGUUGAGAAAAAUCCAGGAAAUGAAAAGAAAAUAUUGAACUCCUUAUGCUUCUAUGUUAUUUCAGUUCUAAAACAUAGAAAUAAUACAUGAAUGACCUGUCUAGUGCCAAAUAAUGGAAAAUGUAGGAUUUACGUUUUUUUUUUCUUUUCCUCUCUCGUUUUCUCCUGCAUUUCUUCCAGCACCUAGAGAAAUCAACCGGUUUAUUAUGUUCGCCUUUGAUGGAUAAUUUUUCCUCAGUUGAGAACUUUUUCUUUUUAUUUGACGAUAAGGGCUUUAUUUCUUGCAGAUUCAUGUCAUGUUCUCACUCUAGUGUAGGUAUUUUCACAAUUGUUUCGCUGGUUUCCUUGUUAAUUCCAUACUGGAAUGCAGUGGGACUUACGGUACUAAAUUUCGUUAAUCUUUGGUAAAGCAGAAAGAGACUGCAUGCAGGGUUGGCUUGGAUAUUAACUUAUAUUUCGUUUUUAUUUUUUGAAAUCAAUUUUCUUUGGUGAUUUGAAGGAUGGGGGAUCAUUUUGUGUUGCUGGUGGAUCGAUUACUCACUGAAUCUACUCUUGAAGCUGCUAUUGAGAGCAAAAACCACUUACAGCAAGCCACGCCCUCAGCAAUCAAAGAUUAUUUGAGUUCUUCCCAUAGGAUGGAUAUCAAUACUCCAAGUAAAUUUGUAGAGUGUAGGAUUUGCCACGAUGAGGAUGAAGAGUCAAGCAUGGAGACGCCCUGCUCUUGCUGUGGCAGCUUGAAGUUCGCUCACCGCAAGUGUGUUCAAAGGUGGUGCAAUGAGAAGGGUGACACUAGCUGUGAGAUUUGCCUUCAGCAAUUUAAGCCGGAUUAUACAGCACCUCCUCCUCUGUUUCACUAUGGUGGUAUUCCAAUGAACUUCAGCGGAAAUUGGGAGAUUUCCAGAAGGGACCUGCAUAACCCUCAGUUUAUACCGGUGAUUGCUACUGGUCGUGAAUUUCUAGACACCGACUUUGAAGAGUAUUCAACUCCCACUUCGAGAAGCCUGAUAUGCUGCCGUGUAGUUGCUAUAAUUGUAAUCUCUCUCUCUCUCUCCUGUGCAGCCAUGCAGUUUAUGGUUCUUCUGGUUUUACGUCAUACUUUACCAAUCAUAAUCAGUGGAGCUGGGGAGUAUUCAUUGACAUUGUUCACGUUACUGAUGUUGAGGACCAUUGGGAUUCUUUUGCCAAUCUAUAUCAUGGUUAGAGCAUUCACUGCUAUCCAGCGUCGCCGACACCCUCAGGACCCUCAUCUCUCCCUUGCCAUAUCAGAUGAGGCAAACGACUUGCCACAGCAUCAAUCACGUUUUAUUCAUGUUCUGUAGUUGCAGCUACCUAUCUUGCUUGAAGAAAUCCAAAAGUACAUGUAAAAAGAAAGUCGCACCGAGGGCUGCAACAAGAAGGAAAUCUACAUUCCAUAUGUUCAGUUUUAUAAGCCAGGUUGAAGCAAACUGUAGGGGAAGAUGCUCAUAGUGCUUGGUUCAAUAUUACCACUCUUGCCUGAUAUAGGAGAGGCAUCCUUAGAUUCUAGAUUAAAUCAGAAAGAAAUUAUUAGCGAAGUGCAUCAACUAUGGUAUAUGAGAGCAAUGUGUAGAGUAUAAUACCUAAAGGGGUCGUUAGCUGUAUAUAUAUAUGAAUGCGCUACUUAAAAGAAUGGGAGGCCAAAAUUAAAGGUGAAUAUUAAACAAAUUAAUAGCUAAUACGAGUAAUGUGGGAGGGCUAGCAAACAACUUGACACAAAUGCACAAUCCCAUCCCUCCCCUCUCCCCUCUUCUAUUCAAGACUUUUGGCGGUUCCUCUCUCUCUCUCUCUCCAGGACAUAUCUUUCUUCUUUUUUUUUCUUUCUAAUUUCCAGGACAUAUCUUGAU